UUUUUUUGGUAGACAUUAUUGUGCACAUCGUAAUACUCGCCCGAUAACUCCAUACAAAUUACAACACUUCUCUCUCUCUACCCCGCAUUUCUUUCUUCAUUCACGCUCAAACAAACUCCCUCUCCCAUGGCGACUUCUUUCGUGCCACUAUCCGUUUCAGUUGGUGGAUCUCAUCUCAAGUCAUCUGAUCUGUUUUUAGGAAAGCGUAAUUCAUCUCUGUUUUUAGGACCUAAGCUUGCUGUUCAAAGGAAAUCAAACAUUGCGAGCAGAAGGAACCUCGCUUCACCGCUUCGUGCUGAAUACCGUGAUGACGGAAGAAUUGGAGGCGGGGAAUUCGUUGCUGGCUUUCUUCUGGGUGGUGCUAUUUUUGGAGCCGUGGCUUAUACUUUUGCUCCCCAGAUCAGAAGAACUUUGCUAAAUGAAGAUGAACAUGGGUUUAUGAGGGGCAGAAGACCAAGGUAUUAUGACGAAGAGCUCGAGCCCAAGGAGGCCUUGCUUGAAAAAGUUGGCCAAAUAAACGCUGCCAUUGAUAAUAUAUCUUCACGUCUGAGAGGUAACAACAAGAAAGUGCCUGCUGCUGCCCCUAGAAGAACUGAUCCUGAAUAUGAUGGGAUAUAAGUAUUGGUGAUCGAUUGAAUUGGUUAUAUGUUUCUAUGGACAGUGAGAACAUACAGUUUGAAUUAUGGAGCGAUAUAAAUAUCAAACUAGCUGUAACCUAUUUAUUUUUUCUAUGACUGGUAUCAGGCCACUGUUCAACCCCUUUGUUUUUUGGAUUUCACUUGCAAGAAACCAAGCUUCUAUUGAAUAA